AGAGUGAGGACCUAGAAGGGGCGGUAUGCUCAGGGCGCGGGGAGGAGCGCGGGCGUUGGGACGCUGAGAAGCCGAAGCCGCCGCCCCACUCGGCCGAACCCUUCAGCGUCAUGCUGGGGUUCCUCCUAGUCCUGUGGGCUUUCCUGGGGCCUGCGGAGUUUGCCAGUGGCCCGAUGGCGUCAGCUCUCAACCUGAGCUGCUACCACUGUUUCAAAGCCGACAGCUCGAACAAGUGCCGGCCAGCGCUGUGCCGCCCCACAGACAAGGUCUGCCUCUCUCACGAGAUGUUCUUUUUCUUCAAAACCAGUGUGAGAGUUGUACUCAGCAGGCGCUGUGCUCCCAUAUGUUCCACCACCAACAGGAGGAUUCACUGGAUGCCAGUAACUGGUGUGGAAGGCUUAAUCAUCAGGCGCUGCUGCUCCGGGAAUCUCUGCAAUGGGGCACCACCCACACAGGCAGGGCUGUGGGCCCAGCUCAGGGGGCUUCUGCUCCACAUGGGCCUCAGCAUCCUCUGGACCAUGUUGUGAGGACCCUCACUCUGCACCCCUCCGCCCUACCAGUCCAUCCUGUCCCCUGCCUCUAGGACACUGGGGUGGAGGGAAACUCCCUACCUACCCCUCCCUGCUGGAGCUCCUUUGCUCUGGAAAGGGAAAAUGGGCACUCUGGUCUGGCAACAUCUCCUCAUGCGAGGCUCCUUGCCCUGAGCACACAGUCCAGGACCCUGGAGGAACAGGAGAGCCCAGGUGAGGCCUUGCCAUCUCUGGCCACCUCUGCCCUAGGGCCCAGGCAGGAUGACUGUGCCCCCUCCCCCAGGCAUUAGCUCCUCCCAGAGACAAUAAACAAUGUACUCUUGUGUCCCGUG